AUGACCAGCAAACGCCCAUCUGAAGGCAGUCCAGAUGGUACUCCGGCCAAGCUUACCAAGUCUGAGAAUGGCGACUUUUCACGCUCUGUCCGCAAAAAGUUGACGACGACGUCGAGGACUGGUCAAGCCUGCGACCGAUGCAAGGUCAGAAAGAUACGAUGUGAUGCCCGCCCGGGUGGAUGCUCACCAUGCAUCGCCAACAAUCUCGAAUGCAAGACGACGGACCGUAUCACUGGACGCGCCACCUCACGAGGUCAUACCGAGCACAUCGAAACCGAGAACAUGGCCUUGAAGCAACACAUUAACGACUUGCGACAGCAGCUCAUUGACUCGGGACAUGAUCCUCGCCCUGCGCCAAUCAUGCCUCUAGGCUUCGUCGGCAGUGGUGGACAGCCUGCCUACGCUUGGCCCCAGCAAAUGUUCGACCUCUCGACCAUCCUCGGAGCCGAUACCCACCUUGAUCCGGCAAAGUCUCGCGCCCGCACCGCUGCCCUGCCCGAUUAUCGCAACAACUCCCUUGGCGACAACUAUCUCGGUAUCUCUGGCGCAAACGAAUGGCUGUCUCCCAUCAAGGGUACCUCUGUCGCUCUCUUCGGCAUGGAGCUGGAUCUCGUCGACUUCGUCACCAACGACAAUGAUGAAGCCUUCUCGCCCACAUCAUAUGAGAACUUCCUCAGUAUCGCUUUCAAGUCGUCGCAAGAACGUCCACCACCACCGUCAUUCCCUUCGUACCGCGAGUGCAAGGCCCUUUGCGAGUGGUACUUCAUCUCGGUCAACUGCCAUGCGCCAAUCGUCCACAAGCCCGAUGUUUUGGACAUGGUCGACCGCCUCAACUCGGACGAGGUCUACCAGCCAGAUAUUAGUGAGACUGUACAGCUGCAUAUGAUCAUCGCCAUGAUGUUGUUCCAGUCUUCGGUCAGAAACAGCCGUCCGACUGAGUGGGCCGACCACUACCGUUAUGCUGCCAGCUUCCUUCCUGAUCUGAUGGCUAAGCGUACCCUGCCUAACAUUCAGGCUAUUGCUUUGAUCUGUCUACAUCUGAGGAACUUUACCAAGCCUGGUGCUGCUUGGUUCAUGUCAACCCUGACACUCAAUCUUUGUGCUGAAAUGGGUCUUCACAGAUCUGUUAGUGCUUGGGGAAAGUCCAGCCCCGAGUUCAGCGAACAUGAGAUCGAAAUGCGCAAGCGUGUCUUUUGGAGUGUUCUGGUCAUCCACACAUCUAUCAGCAACAAGCUUGGUCGACCACUGGCUAUGCGUCUCGAAGACUUUGAUGUGGAGUUUCCCAAAGCUCUUGACGACAACACUGGCAACGAAGCAUCUUGCAUUGAUGAAUGGCACAAGUGCUCGUACCGUGUCGCAUGUCACAACUUCAAGUGGGUGUUGCUUGUCAUCCAAGUUCAGACUUCGAUCUACUCGGUCCGCGCUCCUCCUCAUUCAUAUGAGCUCACCAUCCAGAAACUCGAGCGCGAUCUUGAUUACUUCUUGAAGAGCAUUCCGAUCGAGCUAUCCGGUGGUCCCGAGACUGCUCAAGAUGAUAGGGCCUGUUCGCUGUAUCUACAGUUCGGUGCACAGGAGUUGAACUUGCUCGUCCAUCACCCUGCUGUGUGUCGCACACAAAACACCGAUGUGAACAACAAGAACUUGGAUGUCUGUUUGGAUGCUAGCGCCAAGUUGCUACACAUUGCACAGAGCAUGCGUGCCUUGAGAGCUCUCGACACUACUUGGCUCAAUGCAACCGUCUGGUUAUCUGCCAUGUUUGUUACGCUUUUUGCCUACAACCAGCGCAAGGAUCACAUCACAUCCACUGAUCUCAAUGCUCUCAAGGACACCAUGGAGCAGUGGUUGAGCAUCAUCGGCGAC